CGCAAUGAUCUGACAUAGUGCAACGUGCACAUCCGCUUGGGUCAUCAAGGCCUAGAAUGAAUUGAAAUACUGUAUUUCUGUACCUGACUCAACAGUAAUUAGCUUAAAUUUCUAGAGUAACCGUGAAGUUGUCAUCUCUUUUAGCUUAUUAUUUUGUAAGAAUAUGUGGACUUAUUGACUGCACUACCAACGGUCACUCCACUUCCGCCGACACAACGCUCAGCGCCGCCAUCACAGCUUUUAGAGCCUGAAGUGUCCUUGCCAACAUUCCAAGCGGCAUUGGCCUCAGCCUGUGACAGCCAGUGUCCAGCAGGAUGGCCUUUGUACACUACUCAAGUCCUUUGACACGUCUGCUGGUCAUCCUCUGCGUGAUCCGUGGCGUCAUGGCUUUCGAAGGCCUGAAUUGCAAUAGCGCUGAACUCCAACCUACAGAGAACUUUAACUUAACAUGUCUUAGCCGUUACUAUCUAAACACAAUUCACACAGUGAAGUGUGAAAGGGACAUCGCUUUACUUGAAAAAUCAAAGUGCACGGGCAAGAGGAUGAUUCGAUUUGGUAGGAAUUUAGCAAACGAGGUCAUUUGCACGCCCAAGGAAUAUGAUGACAAGCAAAACCAUUGCCGUGAUGGAAAACCAGUGGGCGAGAUUAACUGUAAAAACGAGAACAACAAAAGGAUUUAUAGUUGCUCUUUCAACGCAACUGAAAAAUACAAAAACUGGCGUAUCGCUUGUAUGGAAUACUGCCGAGUGGAUCCUGACACUACCCGUGCAGAACCAAACAAAACUAAAUGUAUAUGGCCCAUUUCCAGCACAUGUAUUAUGAACAUCGUCAAUGAAACACCACCAACUACAGAAGCACCACCUACCACCGAAGAACCAACUACCACCGAAGAACCAACUACCACCGAAGCACCAACUACGGCAGCACCAGAGAAAGAAUUUCCCAUAUGGGCUGCUAUCCUCAUUGCACUUGGCAUUGGCGGUUUGAUUGCAUUGUGCCUGUGCCUGUGCCUGUGCCUACCGUGCAGAAAGCGUCAGCAGGCCCAAAGUCCCGUACAAGAUCCAGAAGGAGGAAAUGCCGAAAAUCCAGAGGGAGAAGAAGCUGAACAAGGAGGAGAAGAUGCCGAAGGAGAGGAACCCGAAAGUGCUGAAAGUUCCGAAAGUUCCGAAAAGUCAGAAGCACCAGCCGAAGGUGGAGAGGAAGCAACAGAGGAGGAGUAAAGAACCAGAUUUGAAACAAAACAUCGCAAAAAACGCUGUGACCAAAUCAACUCCAUCAGCAAACGAGAACAGAACUUUGAUAAUAACUGAUUUGUUUACACGUACACUUGAUUACGAGUUACCAGCAUGUCGUAAGAGGAUGAUAGCACAGGCAACAACAAAAUCUAGUAUUUAUACAUCAAAGGGCAGCGAUGUCUUUAUUGUUUAGCUUGGUCACAGUGAAAACAUCUGUAUUGUUUGGCUAGGGCUCCAUGAUAACAUCUGUAUUGUUUAACUACAUCUCAAUGAUAACAUCUGUAUAGUUUAACUACAUCUCAGUGAUAACAUCUGUAUUGUUUAACUGCAUCUCAAUGAUAACAUCUGUAUUGUUAAACUACAUCUCAAUGAUAACAUCUGUAUUGUUUAACUACAUCUCAAUGCUAAGGUCUUUAUAGUUUAACUACAUCUCAAUGCUAAAGUCUGUAUAGUUUAACUCGAUCUUAGUGGUGGAGAGCGUAGUCUGUUAUUGGAAUACAUCAAUGACGCAAUCAGUGUCAAAGCAUCACUAAACUUUAGAAAGUGUGACAAGUAAACCUCGAUGCGGAUGAAAGAAAGUAUUUUACAUAGGGUUGUAAGCAAAACAAAGUAAUCCGCAAAAGUAUGCCUUUUGUUAACAUUGUGAUAUUUGUCAAAAAUCUACCACCGUACCGCUCUGGCUGUAAUCAUAGGGAGGGAAACAUAACUCCUCUAGAAAGGUGAGACAAUAUUCUCACUACUGUACAUGUGUAUCAGUUGUACUGCUACACUCCUAUUUCAGAGAUACUUGUAUAACUUAAGGCUAUACUAACAUAGUCAUUAACUAAAGGUACGCUGUUUACACACCUGGCUUAUAUAGCCAUACACUAUAUUGUUGAUCAACUCCUGUUAUGCAAUUUACAAAUGACUUCUGUAUACUACACGGCGCAGGCCACUGUCAGAGAGCAAAGAGCGUUUAAUAUUAAAGUAUACAGAAAGUCCACAAA